GGUGGAUGCCUUGUCAGCAGCCAGCCAACAGUUUACAGGACAGACUGAAAGGGUUCCCUCGGUGCUAUCUCGGGGGACACGUAAGGGGCAUACCAGCUGGGAAGAAGCAGGACACCAAAAAGAAGGGAGAGUCACGCUGGGCCUGGACGCUCUGGAGAGGCUUGUGAAGUGAGGCCAGGGAAACCGGAAGGAAGGCCAGAGAAACCGGCGCUCGGUCCAGCCCUGACACGGACAGCCAGCCUGCAGUGCUUGGACACCCUUACCUAAGCCUGCACCUGCCAGACGGCAGAAGCCCAGGCGCUCUGGAAAGCCUAUUUUGGAGUCCAGAAGCAGCAGAAAUUGAAGUCCAAGAGGGUUUCUGGAAACACCUUUCAAGGCUGCAGGUGGCCCAGAUCGGAGUUGGCCUCCUCGGGCCCAAAGGUGGCACUCCAGCCUUCCAGAAGCUGGCCAGAACCAUCAGGUCAGGGCCACAAGCCAGAGAAAAGACAAACGUGGACGUUCCUCUUCCUUCCAGCUCUUUAGCUUAGACGGCAGUGACAUCAGGGAUCCCGACCUAGCCCAGGAAUUUUGAAAGCAACCAUCCGGAGAAGACCUUUGGCAGUACAACCAAACCCAGCGUGGCCAUGGCGGCUCCCGUGACAUCAAGUCUGCAAGAGCUCUGAGCCCACGGGCCUGGGAUACAGCCCACUCCAGCUCUCCCAAUGUGACCUGCCUCCUGGGGGGGGGGGGGGCAGUUAGAAUAGCCCAUGGGAGUCCGUGCAAAGACAGAAUCGUGCUUGGAUAAUCUGACAUGAGGCUCCCUGUGCUCCACCUCCGCUUGCCCUUUUGAUUCCAGAAGUUCCAGGGGAGGAAGAACGCUACCCUCCACCAGCUUGGCCCUGGGCACACACAAGGUCCCCUUCUGCCCCUCCUCACAGCCACCCACUGAGUGCCCCAAGGCAAGCCCUGCCCUCUGCAGGGUAUGGAGAGCAAAAGCUCGGGGUGCUGUGAGGCCCCCAGGAAGCUGAGACUGUCCUUCUCCAUUGAGGAGAUCUUAAAGAGGCCCACCGAGAGGAGCCAUGUGGUCAGGUCGGAAAGGGCAGGUGAACAGGACACUGGGCCAGCAGCAGCUGUGAGCUCCGGACCAGAGAGGCCCCCGCAGGCCCAGCCGCAGGAGGAAAGAAAGAGCAAGCGAAGGGUCCGAACCACCUUCACCUCUGAGCAGCUGCAUGAACUGGAGAAGAUCUUCCACUUCACCCACUACCCGGACGUCCACAUCCGCAACCAGCUGGCAGCCCGGAUCAACCUCCCAGAAGCUCGGGUGCAGAUCUGGUUCCAGAACCAGCGUGCCAAGUGGCGGAAGCAGAAGACCGGCAGCCCUGGGGCUCCACAGACGCUGAGUGAGGCCAGCUUGGCCCCGGCCAUGAACCCGGACAAGGCCGGUCCCAGGCUGCCGCCCUCCACUCAGCCCCUGCUGGCUCUCCCCACCGGGUGCUAUCCACCAGCUCCCGGUCAGCGGGUCUCUGCCUGGUGCCCCGGCCAGAUCACCCUCCUGCCAUGCCACCUGUGGGAGACGCAGCCUCUCCUAGGCCCUCUCAUCCAGCAGACCUGCGUCCCUGCUCUGUGCUGCCUUCCACCUGCGAACCCCAAAUGGAACAGCCUCUGUGCCACCUCCACAUAGAGAUUGAAUCCCAUCUCGCCAAUGGAGCCACUCUCCCUCUCCAGGUCAAGACAGGAGGCAGGAGGGUGCCCAGGCCUCUGGAGGAAUCCACCUCACCAUCCAAAGAAGGCCCAUGGCCCAGAAAGCCUCUCUGAGCACAUCCGGAGGAAGGUUGCUUCGGACUCAGCAGUAAAACGAGCAAUACAGGAACUCUUGUGGCUCCUCCCAAGGUUGCCCUCUUGGCUCAGGAGACAGAGGCUGGGUGAGAACCCCAGAUGAGUUCUGGACCAAGGAGGGCAUUAUCUUGCAUUCCUUUCUCCUCUAACUCGCUGUGUGACCUCCAGCUGGUUACUUACCACCUCUGGACCUCAUCUCUAACACAGGCAUUUGAACAGGUGACUCCCAAGGGCCCCUUCUGGCUCUUCCUCUGGUGAGGUGAACCACGGCAAGAAGAGAGGCAGAGAAGAGGCCAAGGAGGGGUCUCCAAGGAAUGUCUCUUCAUUCAUUCAUGACACAUGUAUUGAGCACCUACUGAGUACUCUAUAAAUAGAACUGGAUCCAGACACAAACAACGGAGGCUCGGCCCCCAGGAGUUCAGUCCACUUGGCCCAAGGGGCUGUGCUAAGCUUCCCCUGCAAGCAGAAUGUGUACUCGGUGACCUUGCCGUUGGCCCAGUGACCUUGCCAUUGGCCCAUGCCUAACAAAUUCUGUAGGGCUUUGAUGUGAAUGCACUAAGUGGGAGAGAAAUAAAGGGAAAGCU